UGUAAAUUAGAUGAGAAAACAAAAGUAUAUUUCGAUGACCGAGUGAUCAUUCCAGACUCUGCUUCUGAGAGAGAAAUUAAAGAUCAAUCAUUCCCAUUACAGCCCUUCAGUCUACAUUUUCAGUUGUUAGAGGUCUAAAAUGAGUCUCUCUGGGGAGAGAGAGGAGGGGGGCCCUGCCUCUAAAAUGAGACUCUCUGGGGAACAUGACACCACAGCUAAAAGCCCAAUCAAGCAGGAGAGACCAGCCUCCCUUGUACCCAGCUGUGUGUCCAUGAAGAGUGACAAGUCUAUGGAUUAUCCUAUAUAUUUUUCUACUGAACAAAGAAAUAAACAGGAGAGAUCAGAGUCAGACAUUCUCAGUGGUCAGUCUUCCCAGAGUCAUCAAACAGACCUGGCCGCCAUAUUCAGUUUGCUUCAAGAGAAUAUUAUGACAUUUAUGAAGAACGAGCUGAAGAUGUUCAAGAGGAUUCUGAGUUCAAAUCUCCCAGAAGUCUUUGAAAGUCAGAAGCAGGAUGAGGAAGUGGUGGAUGCUGAAGAUGAGAAGCAUGAGAGCAGUGCCAGAGAGGGGGCUCUGAAGAUCACACUGCACAUCCUGAGGAAAAUGAACCAGAAGGAGCUUGCUGACACACUGGAGAAAAGUGAGCAUACUGUGAUUUGCCAACGUGAACUCAAAUCUAAUCUGAAGAAGAAGUUUCGAUGUGUAUUUGAGGGGAUCGCUAAACAAGGAAACCCAACACUUCUCAAUAAGAUCUACACAGAGCUCUACAUCACAGAGGGUGGAACAGGAGAGGUCAAUAAUGAACAUGAGCUGAGACAGAUUGAGACAACAACCAGGAAACAAGCAAGACCAGAGACUGCAAUCAAAUGUAACGACAUCUUCAAACCCUUAACUGGACAAGACAAACCUAUCAGAACUGUGCUGACAAAGGGAGUCGCUGGCAUUGGAAAAACAGUCUCUGUGCAGAAGUUCAUUCUGGACUGGGCUGAAGGAAAAGCAAAUCAGGAUGUCCAAUUUGUAUUUUCAUUCCCUUUUCGGGAGCUGAAUUUGAUGAAAGGGGAAAAAUACACUUUGAUUGAACUUCUAAAUCAUUUCUCAAUAGAAACCAGAAAAUCAAGAAUCUCCAACUAUGACAAAUACAAAGUUCUGUUCAUCUUUGAUGGUCUGGAUGAGUGCCGACUGCCCCUAGACUUCCAGAAGAACAAGAUCUGUUGUGACGUCACAGAGUCAACCUCAGUGGAUGUUCUGCUGACAAAUCUCACGAAGGGAAAUCUGCUUCCCUCUGCUCUCCUCUGGAUAACUACCCGACCUGCAGCAGCCAAUAAGAUUCCUUCAGGGUGUGUUGACCAGGUGACAGAGGUACGAGGGUUCAAUGACCCACAGAAGGAGGAGUACUUCAGGAAGAGAUUCAGUGAUGAGGACCUGGCCAGCAGAAUCAUCUCACACAUAAAGACAUCAAGGAGCCUCCACAUCAUGUGCCACAUUCCAGUCUUCUGUUGGAUAUCUGCAAUAGUGCUUGAAGACAUGUUGAAACAUAAGAGAGAAGAGAUGCCCAAGACUCUGACCGAGAUGUACACACACCUUGUGGUGUUUCAUACCAAACAGAAGAAUGAAAAGUAUCUUGGGAAAGAAGAGACAGGUCCACACUGUAAUAAAGAGAGCAUUCUGUCACUGGGAAAACUGGCUUUUCAACAGCUUGUGAAUGGCAAUCUGAUUUUCUAUGAAGAAGACCUGAAAGAGGCUGGCAUUGAUGUCAAUGAAGCCUCAGUGUACUCAGGAUUGUGCACACAGAUCUUUAAAGAGGAAUGUGGGCUGUACCAGGACAAGGUGUACUGCUUUGUGCAUCUGAGCAUUCAGGAGUUUCUGGCUGCUGUAUAUGUGUUCCUUUCAUUCAGCAACAACAAUGAGAAUUUAAUGACCAAACCACGAUCAACAUCCAGGGACUUUCCUUUGAGGAUCAGACACAAGCCUGAAAUUACUCUCUACAAGAGAGCUGUGGAUAAAGCCUUACAAAAUGAAACGGGAAACCUGGACCUUUUCCUCCGCUUCCUUCUGGGCCUCUCACUGGAGUCCAAUCAGAAGCACUUACGAGGUCUACUGACAAAGACAGGAAGCAGCUCACAGAGCCAUGAAGAAACAGUCAAGUACAUCAAGGAGAAGAUCAGGGAGAAUCCCUCUCCAGAGAGGUGCAUCAAUCUGUUCCACUGUCUGAAUGAGCUGAAUGACCAUUCUCUAGUGGAGGAGAUCCAAAGCUACCUGAGAUCAGGAAGUGUCUCUGGUGAAGAACUCUCACCUGCACAGUGGUCAGCUCUGGUCUUUGUGUUGCUGACUUCAGAAAAGGAGCUGGAUGUGUUUGACCUGAAGAAAUACUCCAGAUCAGAGGAAGGUCUUCUGAGGCUGCUGCCAGUGGUCAAAGCCUCCAAAAUGGCUCUACUGUCAGGCUGUGGAGUCACAGAGGAAGGCUGUGCUUCUCUGGUCUCAGCUCUGAAGUCAAACCCCUCACACCUGAGAGAGCUGGAUCUGAGUAACAAUGACCUGAAGGAUUCAGGAGUGAAGCUGCUCUCUGAUGGACUGGAGAAUCCCCACUGUAAACUGGUGACUCUGAGACUGUCAGGCUGUGGAGUCACAGAGGAAGGCUGUGCUUCUCUGGCCUCAGCUCUGAAAUCAAACCCCUCACACCUGAGAGAGCUGGAUCUGAGUAACAAUGACUUGAAGGAUUCAGGAGUGAAGCGACUCUCUGAUGGACUGGAGAAUCCUCACUGUAAACUGAAGACUCUGAGGCUGUCACACUGUCAAGUCACAGAGGAAGGCUGUGUUUAUCUGGUCUCAGCUCUGGAGUCAAACUCCUCACAACUGAGAGAGCUGGAUCUGAGUAACAAUGACCUGAAGGAUUCAGGAGUGAAGCUGCUCUCUGCUGGACUGGGGAAUCCCCACUGUAAACUGGAGACUCUGAGGCUGUCAGGCUGUCUAGUCACAGAGGAAGGCUGUGCUUCUCUGGUCUCAGCUCUGAGGUCAAACCCCUCACACCUGAGAGAGCUGGACCUGAGCUACAAUCACCCAGGAGACUCAGGAGUCAGACUGCUCUCUGCUGGACUGGAGGAUCCACACUGCAGACUGGAGAAACUCAGUGUGGAACAUGGUGGAGAGUACACAAUGAAACCUGGCCUUAGAAAAUAUACCUGUGAUCUCACACUGGACCCAAACACAAUAAACAUACACCUAUCUCUGUCUGAGGAGAACAGAAAGGUGACAUGGAGGGCAGAGGAGCAGCCGUAUCCUGAUCACCCAGAGAGAUUUGAGGAUGAUGAACAGGUGCUGUGUAGAGAGGGUCUGACUGGACUCUGUUACUGGGAGGUAGAGUGGAGUGGGAAAGCAGCUGAUAUAGGAGUGACAUACAAAGGAAUCAGCAGGAGAGGAAGGGGUAAUGACUGUGUGAUUGGAUACAAUGACAAGUCCUGGAGUCUGUUCUGCUCUGAGAACAGUUACAGAGCGUGCCACAAUGACAAUCUCACUCUCAUAGACGUCCCUUCCUCCAGCUCCCACAGAGUAGGAGUGUAUCUGGACUGGCCAGCCGGCACUCUGUCCUUCUACAGAGUCUCCUCUGACACCCUGACCCACCUGUACACAUAUCACACCACAUUCACUGAGCCCCUCUAUCCAGGGUUUAUGGUUUGGGAUGAUGACUCCUCAGUGUCCCUGUGUCAGGUGGUCACUGUGUCAAACACAACAUGAUGUUUCACUCUAACCAUGUGUUUUAUGUUUGAUCAAAAAUGACAUUUAAAUACAUGGAGGAACACACACACAUGCCAGGUUGGACCAGUUUAUUCCUGUAAACAAUAACCAUGGUAACUGUGUCUGUCUCUUUCUGUGAUCCUGCACCCUGUGAGAACGGUUCAGAUGCACCACACACACACUGGACACACACACACACUGGACACACACACACACUGGACACACACACACACUGGACACACACACACACUGGACACACACACACACACACACACACACACACACACAAUAUCCAGCAACUUUGCACAGCCAUUGAAGAGGAGUGGGACUCCGUUCCACAGGCCGCAAUCAACAGACUGAUCAACUCUAUGCGAAGGAGAUGUAUGGCGCUGCAUGAGGCAAAUGGUGGUCACUCGAGAUACUGAAUGUUUUCUGAUCCACGCUCCUAUUUACAGUUAAAGUUGGAAGUUUACAUACACUUUGGUUGGAGUCAUUAAAACUAGUUUUUCAACCACUCCACAAAUUUCUUGUCAACAAACUAUAGUUUUGGCAAGUCGGUUAGGACAUCUACUUGGUGCAGGAUGCAUCACAUUUUUCCUUAACUUAACAAUUGUUUACAGAGAUUAUUUCCCUUAUAAUUCACUGUAUCACAAUUCCAGUGGGUCAGAAGUUUACAUACACUAAGUUGACUGUGAAUUUAAAGCUUGGAAAAUUCCAGAAAAUGAUGUCAUGACUUUAGAAGCUUCUGAUUUUAGCCAUUUGGAGGUGUACCUGUGGAUGUAUUUCAAGGCCUACCUUCAAACUCAGUGCCUCUUUGCUUGACAUCAUGGGAAAAUCUAAAGAAAUCAGCCAAGACCUCAGAAAAGAAAUUGUAGACUGCCACAAGUCUUGUUCAUCAUUGGGAGCAAUUUCCAAAUGCCUGAAGGUACCACGUUCAUUGUACAAACAAUAGUAUUCGUACUCUUUGGAAAAAUGUCCUCUGGUCUGAUGAAACAAAAAUUGAACUGCUUGACCAUAAUGACCAUCGUUAUGUUUGGAGGGAAAAGUGCGAGGCUUGCAAGCCGAAGAACACCAUCCCAACCGUGAAGCACGGGGGUGGCAACAUCAUGUUGUGGGGGUGCUUUGCUGCAGGAGUGACUGGUGCACUUCACAAAAUAGAUGACAUCAUGAGAUAGGAAAAUUAAGUGGAUAUAUUGAAGCAACAUCUCAAGACAUCAGUAAGGAAGUUUAAGCUUGGUCGCAAAUGGGUCUUCCAAAUGGACAAUGACCCCAAGCAUACUUCCAAAGUUGUGCCAAAAUGGCUUAAGGACAACAAAGUCAAGGUAUUGGAGUGACCAUCACAAAGCCCUGAUCUCAAUCCCACAGAAAAUGUGUGGACAGAACUGAAAAAGCAUGUGUGUGCAAGGAGUCCAACAAACCUGACUCCGUUACACCAGCUGUCAGGAGGAAUGGGCCACAAUUCACCCAACUUAUUGUGAGAAGCUUGUGGAAGGCUACCCGAAACGUUUGCCCAAGUUAAACAAUUUUAAGGCAAUGCUACCAAAUACUAAUUGAGUGUAUAUAAACUUCUGACCCACUGGGAAUGUGAUGAAAGAAAUAAAAGCUGAAAUAAAUCACUCUCUCAACUAUUAUUCUGACAUUUCACAUUCUUAAAAUAAAGUGGUGAUCCUAACUGACCUAAGACAGGACAUUUUUACCAGGAUUAAAUGUCAGGAAUUGUGAAAAACUGAGUUUAAAUGUACUUGGCUAAGGUGUAUGUGUCACGCCCUGACCUUAGAGAUCCUUUUUAUUCUUUAUUUUGGUUAUAUCAGGGUGUGACCAGGGUGGGCAAUCUAUGUUUUCUAUUUCUUUGUUGGCCGGGUAUGGUUCCCAAUCAGAGGCAGCUGUCUAUCGGUGUCUCUGAUUGGGGAUCAUACUUAGGCAGCCUUUUUUUCCACCUGUAGUUUGUGGGAUCUUGUUUUUGUAUAGUUUCUGUUUAGCGUUACAGAGCUUUACGUUCGUUUGUAUUUAGUGUUUUAGUUUAAUAAAGGAAUGAUGUACGCCUUCCAAGCUGCACCUUGGUCCGAUCCAACAUCGACAUCGACAAGCGUAACAGUAUGUAAACUUCCGAUUUUAACUGUAUCUGUGACCAACAGAUGCAUAUAUGUAUUCUCAGUCAUGUGAAAUCUGUAGAUUAGGGCCUAAUUUAUUAAUUUCAAUUGACUGAUUUCAUUAUUUUUAUUUUAGAACAAAGGGCGGGCAAAAGGUAAGCUAAGCAAAGAAUCAUAAUCCAAAUCAGAGUCAGGCAGGUACAGGACGGCAGGCACGAGGACAGGCAGAAAGGUCAGAACUGGGAAGACUAGGACAAACAAAAACUAGAGCACAGGAAUCACAGCAACACACUGGUAGGACUUGAUGGGACAAAUCGAACUGGCAACAGAAAACACAGGUGUAAAUACACAGGGGAUAGUAGGGGGAGAUGGGAGACACCUGGUGGGGGGUGAAGACAAGCACAAAGACAGGGGAAACAAAUAAGGGUGUGACAAAGAUCACAGGACUGAGGCAAAUAUUGCUCUGGUUGAGGACAAUAUAGAAGUGAGUGACAAUCAGGAGCUUACUGAGAAAUGAAAAAUGUCUGUAAUUGUUGGAUCCAUUAGACAGAUUGAUGAAAGUAUUGAGCAGUGGAGCUCAUAUACAGAACGGUUUGAAGAUUUUGUACUUUUAAAUUACAUUGAUGAGGGCAACAUUGUGCCUACGUGUUUUAGUGUAAUGGGGCCGAAGACGUGUCAUUUACUAGACAGCCUGCUACAGCCAGACAGAUCAGGUAAUAAGACGUAUGGGGAUAUUGUGGAGAUACUUAAAGGACAUGUUUCACAGGACCCACUAGUUGAUGCUGAAAGGUUCAGGUUCCACAGGAGACAACAGGAAGAGGGAGAAUCAGUACCAAUGUUUGCUGUUGCAUUAAAGAAACUGUCAGAACACUGAGUUGAAUGGUGUUCUAAAUGACAUCAUCAGAGACAGACUAGAAUGUGGGCU